CACACGGCUUUGCAUUUGCAUUGAAUCAUGCAUUACCCCAGCACAUUUGGAUCGGAACCCAGCUGGCGACCCUGAGACACCCGAUUGGCCGAUCAAUGAUCAAUUAGCCAACGGAGAUGGCGGGAGAAUUGUACCCACAAGAGUCCAUUCAUAAUUUCAUUGAAACGCACGUCAUCAUCGAGAAGCCGCAAAGGUACGUGUCAAAGUUCAGGCCAAUCAUUCUGGAAGAGGCCAGGUCCACAAGCAACAUGAAAACCAUGGGGCCCAGCAGGGUGGAGAUGCCAGUCCCAGCCAAUUUCCUGAAAAAGCACUCAAAAGAACCCAAACUACCUGAGAUCAAGCAGCACGUCAGGAGCCACUGCACCUGCGCAACCAAGAAACCGGCCGUCCCUUCCGGGCCGUUUCUGCCGCCCGUUAGCGUCCCUGCAAAGAGGAAGACAACCACACCAAAGCUGCCCAAACAACCUCCCUGUGUUGUUGACUCAAGCAAGGGACACAAGGAGGUCCAUAAUAGAAACUCAGGACUUGUCCCCGUUUACAUCAGGAAAAAGGAUUACGGGGAGGUGCCCAACUAUUUGAUGCGGCGUAAAGCAAAGCAUCAAAAGGCUCUGGAGGAGUACAACAUGAAUCUGAAGAAGCAGGAAGAGCACCAAACCAUGAAGUACCUUUCGGACAAGGAGUGUCAAGCCAUCAUUCAGGACCUGAAGAGCAAAUACAACGAGCUGAACACCGAGUACCAGCGCCUCCCGUUUAUCAUCGACACCCCAUCCAUGCAGAUUCGCAAAACGCGUUUGGAGGUGGAAAUGAAGCAGCUGGAGGACGACAUUAAACUCCUGGACAGGUUGGAGUCCAUCUGCAAAAACAAGUAGCGCGUGGACGUCCCGAGAAUGUGUCUGCCAUCCGUGUCAUCUACUCCGCUCCAACGUCACGGCGUGGGGACGACUGGAAGAUGCCGUUUGCUGUCGUGUCAGAGGUCCAUUCUGUCCCGUGUCUUCGUCACAGGAUGAGUUUGUCACGUUGCUUCAUGUUUUCCAUUCCCCCAGCAGAUAUACGGAGGGCUGUCAUGUCCCGGGCAGCUCCAGCGUUGUCGGUUCCCGUUAAAGAUGUGUUUUUUACAUUCUGGUAGCAGCGGGCUUUGCACACUACUUUCACUAUUCCUCUUUUUUUAGGAGGGUGUCAUGAGGUUGUUAUACAAUUCAGUACGAAAAGCUGAAACGCACCAAUAAGCUGCAGUACGUGUUGUCGAAAGGUGUCACCUUGACUUGUAUUUUUGAUGAUUGUCAUUGCAUAUGAUUAUGUUUGUAUGUUUGGUCACGUUAGCCAUCAUGAUUGUAACUUGUCAAUAAGAGAUGAGCUUUCAUGUGCUGCAUGUUAGCUAUCAUGAUUAGAACUUGUCAAUAUGCAGCAAAAUUGGCUUAUGUUUUCAUAGCAAAGAAGCAAUAAACAAGAUUUUUGCUCACUUUUAUUGCAAGCCUGCAUGAAACACAUGCAGGACCAUCCAAUAACAGUGAUGGACAAUAUUCAUCCAUCCAUCCAUCACUACAAUCUGGCAUUAAGUGAUUUUUUUUCUGUUUUUUUUGCAUUGAGUGAGUCUCCUGCAUACUAAGUACUUACAAAGUCAGUAUCAUGGAUGCCGAUACUGAUACUUUUUGUUCAAAAUGUUUCAAGAUUAUCAAUCAUGAUUAUAAUCAAAAUAAAACACCAAAGAUUUUCGGCAAACAAAAAUAUUUUUUAUUAACAAAUGUAUUUGUGAAUAAGGU